GAUGCUUCUGGAGCAUGGAGUUUUUCUGACAAGAACUGCGUGCCCAGUACAUGGAAUGCAACCGCACAACUUCAUUAUUCUCCUAAACGCAAACGUCGGUGUUCCAUCUAUGUCCAGCUGACAAACGCUUGUCAUGAGAAUUGUUAGAUUUGUAGAGGAACAUCAAUGUUUGAAGGCGGAUGAAGAGAAACCACACGUAGUAACCGACACUCUUGCUACAACGUUAGCUAGCUAGCUAGCUAGCUAUCUGGGCAGCUAGGAAGCUGUUUAGCCUGUAAUAUGUUGUUAGAAGUUUUGCAAGGAACAGAAGCGGGAGGAUUCAUUUUGAUACAAGAUUCUGUUAAUUACUCUGGUCGACACCUCCUGAAAAGCUGCAUCAAUACAGCACUUAAACGGGAAGAAGUGGUCCAUGUAUUGGGGUUCGAGGUUAGUGAAGAGGAACUCAAUGAUGGACUGGACAGAACAUCUGCACAGAGGCUGCACUUUCACAAUGCCUACUCCGACCCUCUCGGCUGGACCGGAAACUCACCAUUUACGGUCCACCAGUUUACCUUAGAGGACAUCAGCACUCUUCUCAAACAAACAUCUCAGGCCAAAGCAGUGACACUUGUCAUUGACUCUCUGUCAUGGAUUUUGAGGCAUCACGACCCUGCUGCUGUCUGCCAGAGACUUCAGGCUCUCAAGAAAGGGGGAGUUGUGAAAGCAGUAGUUGGCCUGCUGCACUCAGACCUGCAUCAGCGAGGCACUGUGGGAAGCAUACGCCACUUGGCUACCUCAGUCAUCACCGUGGCCCCAGGGACCAGAGGACUGGGAGCUGUCGCCAAAACAACAAGACGCACCAAGUCGGGCAAGCUUAUGCAAGAUGAGGAGAUCUUCAGCAUCAAUGAGGACCUGACAGUUACAAUACAGAGCAAACUCAGUCAUCCUGGACACACACCGAUGAAUACAGACGAAUCUGAGGCGGAUCCAACAGCCAACCUGACCUUUAACCUGCGCCUGUCUGAUACACAGAGAGAGGCCAAAGAAAAACUGCCGCUUCCCUUCGUCUUCAGUAAAGAGAAGAAGUCAGCACUUCUGCACCCGGGCCCCGGUUCAGGACGGAUCCUAUACGAGCCUGAUGCCAAUGAUGAUUAUGACCAGGAGGAUCCUGAUGAUGACCUUGAUGUCUAGAGGACAGGCUACAGGCCAUGAAGAGCACAGUGACCUGCUCCCUGGAGUUAAUGCCACUUUUGGACAUUUACAUGCCGGAAACCACAAUAAUAGCCUGGGUUCCUGCCUGAGAUAUUUAUUUUACUUUCUCAGAGGAGAUUUAAAUGAAAGUUAAACAAAAUACCAGGCUUACCGAAUGCCAGUUUAUGCAGUGGAGGAAGUUUAUUAGGGUGGAGUCUGUAAGUAGUGGAGAUAUAUUGGAAAUUCAGGAACAUUUCAGCAGAAGACUGAUUGACGCUGAGAUCAGAUGCCUACAGCCUAUGACAGGUCUCUGUUUAAAUCCAGCUUCAAAUAAAGGGUACUGUUUUCA